AUCGGUUAAACUGUAUAUUCGACGACAGAUUUACGUUACAUGCGCCGAGAGGGAGAGAGAAUGGAAGCGGAAGAUGGAAGAAGAAGAAGAAGAAGAGGGAGCGGGAGCAGCGGAGUGAAGAGGAUUCAGGACGCAAAGGGGCAGGAGCGCUCUUCUUAUUUCGCUCGAAGGGAGGCGGCUAGGGUGCUGCGGUGCGUUCUCCGAGGGGACGCCCAGAGGAAGGCUGUCGCCUCCAUCAAGACCCUUGUUUACAGCCCUUCCGUCCGCAACAAGAAGGCCACCUUCGCCCUCGUCUGCCAGACCCUCAAACAUCUUCCCCUCAUAAAGAAAAUUGUGGCAGCUACUGAUAUUUUGACAGGAAAAUUGAAGCGGCAAGAGGAACUUGUCUACAUAAUUGCCUAUGAUAUUCUCUUUGGACAGGCUAUGACUUCAAUAGGAGUCGCAGAAUAUUCGGUCCUUUCAAAGAAAGAUGUUCUACUGUCAGCUUUGGCACAAAUUUGCAAGCAGGAAAAUGUGAAAUGCUAUAAAGAUUUGUUAAUUCCAGUUCAUAAAAAUCCAGAUUUUCCAAACCUUCGAUUUGUUCGUGUUAAUACACUGAAAAUGGAUGUAGAUGCAGCUGUUAGUGAGCUUGAGAAAGAAUAUAAGGUGAUUAAGGAUGUCUUGGUUCCAGAUCUAUUGGCCCUUCCAUCAGGAGUAGAUCUGCACAAUCAUCCAUUGGUGACUAGUGGAAGCAUCUUCUUGCAAGGUAAGGCUAGUUGUAUGCCUGCAGUUGCUCUUGGUCCUCAGCCUGGAUGGGAGGUCCUGGAUGCUUGUUCAGCACCUGGUAACAAAGCUGUUCAGAUGGCGGCACUUAUGAGAGGGACAGGAAGAAUUGUAGCAUGUGAACUGAACAAGGAAAGGGUGAAGCUCCUAGAAGAGACGGUGAAACGUUCAGGAGCCCCUAAUGUUGAAGUUUCUCAUGUUGACUUUCUAAAGAUUAAUAGCAAAAGUCCCUUGUAUUCAAAGGUCCGGGCUAUUCUUUUGGACCCUUCAUGCUCUGGGUCUGGAACCUCCACCAAUCGCUUAGAUUAUCUGCUUCCAUCAUAUGACACAGGUCAUUUUCACAAUGGUCUAGAUGCUGAACGUGCUCGAAAGCUUUCUGCAUUCCAGAAGAAGGCCUUAGCCCAUGCUUUGUCCUUUCCUUCUGUUGAGAGGGUGGUCUAUAGUACAUGCUCCAUCCAUCAGGAGGAAAAUGAAGAUGUUAUCAAGACAAUUCUCCCAAUUGCUGAGUCCCUCAAUUUUCACUUGGAGGCACCCUUCCCUCAGUGGCCUCGCCGUGGUCUUCCUGUUUUCGGUGGUGCGGAGCAUUUAUUAAGGAUAGACCCAGCUGAUGGCAUGGAAGGAUUUUUCAUAGCAUUAUUUGUUCGAAAGCAUUCUCAGAAUAAGCAGGAGGAGCUGAAAUGUGAGAAAUACACUUCAUCUGUCGAUUGUAUUUCAGAAGCGCGUGAGAGCAAGGUGUUGAAUUUAACAAAUAGGCAAUCAGGGUUUAGAAAUCUUCCUGAAAAGAUAAAACAUUCAACGGCAAAAAAAAAUUUCCGGAUGUAUACAUAUGUCAAGGUGCCUCGAGCUAUGUACUUUUUAUGUAUGACCAAACGUAAAAAAUUAAAGAGGAAACAACACUGUGAAAUGCAUUGUAGUUGCUAAAUCAUUGAACGGAGAUGAGGUAUGUGAACUUAAAAUUCUAUGUGGAUAUGGUGUUGAUGCCAAAUUUUGCAGUUUCUGACACAUAAUAUUAAUCUAAACAUGAAACAUGGUGGAUCCUGCAGUUUGUUGAAGA